CGAGCUCUCUGCUUCCCGCCACAGCUCCUGCCUGAGCGCGAGCACCGGCACUCGACACUAGCUGGUCGACCGCGCUACUCGGAACCGCUGUCAGCCGGCCCAGUCGACGCCGACGCCGACACCCGACCACUUUCAGCGCGACCUCGUCCACCUCGAGGCGAGACACCCCCUGGCAUCGCUGCAGUACUCGCUCUUCGUCCCUUCCUGCACCUGUCGCCCGCGUCAACGAUCCGCAACGACAUGGGCCACGUCCACUCUCGGCCGUCCACCGCGACCGACAGCUCGACCCGCACCAAGGCCAAAGGCUCGUCGUCUCGCCCAUCCUUCCUCGACGCCAACCUCGCCCUCUCGGCGUCCGCCUGGACCACUUCAACCUCCCGCUUCAGCCGUCGAGGGCGCUCGCAGCGCAGGUCCGCUUCCGGGCGGGCAGAGCACGACGAGGAGAAGGCGCGACAGCGUCAGGAGGUGCAGCAGUACCUCGCCCACGCGAUCGAGCAGCAGCGCGAGGCCGAGCAGACGCUCGCAGACACUCGCAGCGUCCGCUCGGUACCUCGCCUCGUCGUCGGCGACUACGGCGUCGCGCCGGGCGGUCCGCCGACCUCGUCCCGCACGGCGAGGCCGGGCUCGAGUGGGUCCGCUCGGUCCGCUGCGCCCAGCAUGUCGACCUCGUCAUCGGCGACGCCUUGGACGUCUCUCGAGUCGCCUCACCUGCCGCCGGCGAGGUCGUCGAGGUGGUCCGAGUCGAGUGCGAGCUCGAACGAGGACGAGCCCGCCUCGGUCGCCGCGCCGGCGAUGCCGUUCCACUCGUUCCGCAACUCGCUCAACCGCCUCCCGCGCGACCGUCUCUCGGUGCUCCUCGCGCACCCCGACAAGCUCGACGAGGCCGACGUCGCCGUCGCGAGCGCCGUCCUGUACGGCCAGCCCAAGAGCACGCCCGCUCGCCGGCUCAAGGGCGCCAAGGUGCGCGGGCCCAUCCGCAUCGUGGCCGCCGCGCCCAUGAGCGUCAACCGGUACGCCGAGCUCGAGGAACGGCGCGCAAAGGCGGCGGUCCCUGCGUCGCCGCGGCUCUCGCCCACGUCGAGGAGCGCGCGCACGGCCCGCUCCGCCUCGCCAGUCGGCCCCAGGGUCCAAGAGCAGGCGGCGCGCACCGCCAUCGCCGUCCAAGAGCCGGCUCGACCCCGGUCGAGCAACGAGGACUUGUCGGGCUUCAUCGCCGCCUCGCCGCAGCUCGCCUUUCCCGGCAGCGACGGCUUCUUCCCUCACGGCGACUCGGCGCCCGCCGUCAUCCCUCCUGUUCGACCGCCUCGUCCCGCAUCGGCGGUGCUCCCGCCGUCCCACCCACUUCCCGCCGGCCAGCAGACCCGCCUCGGCCGCCUCGACCGACUGUCCGUCCCUGCCACCCAGUACGGGCUUCCUCCGCAUUCCUCGACGUCGCCAGCAUCGCGCACUCGCCUCGACAUCUCGCCCUUGUCGCCACGGUCGAUGCUCGGCUCGGUCGCCGAGGACUCGCCGUCGUCGUCGUCUCCGAGUCCGAGUGGAGCGGACGUCCUCGUCUGCCUCUCGCCGAGCGCAGCCCGGUGCAUGUCGCCGGCGAGUACCCUCAGCAGGCCGUCGCUCCUGUCGAGCUCGAGCUCGAACUCGUUCCCGCGAUCGGUCGCGCUCGACGAGGGCUUGUCCGAGGGCCUCUCGCCGCCGGCGCGAGACGAGCUCCUGCCGAGCGCAUCGCCCGACGCCGAGGCGUGCCGCGGCCACCGCACCCUGCCGCCGGGCGAGGAGCGCCGGCCGUUUUCGCGCUACAGCCUCGCGCCGAGCUUCGCCGAGUCGGACCUCCCGUCCUCGACCCUCGACGCCUUCCCGGCACCGCCCCAGAUGCUGCGCCUCGAGCCCGUCGCCGCCGUUCGCCGGCAGGCAAACACGCGCAACUCGGUCCCCAGCUCGGACGCGUCGUCGACCGAGCACGGCGGCACCUUGACGCCCAUGACGAUGCGCUCGUCGGGUCGCUCGUCGGCGCCAACGACUGCCCAGUCGUCGCUCGACAUGUCGACCACCGCCAGCCGCAACACAGCGCUCGCCGUCGACUUUAGCGCGGCGCUCGGUGCGUCGACGUUCGCCCCGGUCGGCGCCGAGGCGAGCAAGGUCGCCGCCAGCGUCGACUGGCCCAUCCCGUCGCGCACGUCGUCGUCGCUCGGCACGUCCAUCCUCGACGACCUCGUCGACGAGCUCGUCGCUGCGGCAGCGAUGAGCCCGCUGCCGUCCCCGGCCGCCGUCGACCCACACGUCGAGGUCCGAGCGCUCGAAGAGGCCGAGGACCGGCCGCCGCCCGUCCCGCCCAAGGAAGCGCGCCGACCCGCCUCAGCCCCGCGCCCCAAGCUCGUCCUGCGCGCUUUCUCGGCGCCGGCCGUCCCGGCGCUGUCGCCCCGCACGCGCGCGUCGCCGUCCGACCGCAAGUCGGCGCGCCUCGUGUCGUACCCGCCCGCGCCCUCGCCGACGGCUCCCGGCCUCGCGGCGUACCGCUUCCCGCCGGUGUCGCCGCGCAAGGUGCACUUUGAGGGGCGCGUCGAGCCCAGGGCGCCGGUCGUGCCGGCGAGCGACGAGGCGGUGCGGCUCGGGUCGCGCAAGAAGCGCGGCUUCUCGAAGGACGAGGUCGGCGACUGGAUCGCGCGGGCGCGCAGGGAGAGCGACGAGGUGUAGCAGAUACUCUUUGACAUCAAUUCGUGACCCUCUC